UGAACGUGGAAAUCGGCUCCAAAUAAUUGAUAGGCUAACGUUUUUAUUACUCGGUUUAUAAUAAUUAAAUGCUCCUGCUCGAACACCAUAAAUUAUAUAAUACACACACAGCACUACCGUUAAACCGGUUUGUGAAUUCCUGAUUUCCGAUAAUAAUACAAAACUCGGCGUCUCAGUGUCGCAUUCCCCUCGACUAAAAUUACAGAGAAAAAACUGGUCACCGCUACUCAUGACUCCAUGGUUGGGAGGGGGUGGGGGUGGACCAAAUACGAUCGUCGUUCGCCCGAUAUCUCAAUGGCCGACAGUUGAAACUAACCACAAACAUCGGUGCAUCGACGACGAUUCCACGUGACACCGACUCCACUCGCCAAGACAACAGGCAGACUUCCAGUUAUUAAAAGUUAUUUAACUCAUCGUUAAACGUAAUUGGUUAAAUAAUUGUAAUAUUCGGAUGAGUAUUUUCAGUGUUUAACGACACAAUUAAAACAAAGUAAAUGACACGAUAACAGUCAAAAGAUAAGAAUCUGUACAUUAAACAAUAUAAUUCAAGUUAUGUUCAUAUAAUUAGCAGAAUGAGUUCCUCGAUAUCUAUACAUCUGUGGAUUUGUAUUUUGGUAUUCUUACCAUCAUGUUACAGAGGUCGAGCUGAGUUCUACUUUAAAGAUGAUGGUUUGAUGAUAAAAAGAACUGACUGGUACAAACAUCUCAAAACCAAAGAAUUAGAUGAUCAUAUUAAAACAUUUGUCAGCGAUAUUGAGAGACGUGAGGAGGAUAAAUUAUGGUUUGGGUUAAAUAUGGAUAUUGGAAGCCCGGAGCAUGGACUUUUGAUCGAUUCUCAGCUUUCCGAAGAACUGUAUUCAUUAUAUAGGCAUGCUGAAAUUGUUUCUGAAGCUUCCUCCUUUAUACGCCAUAGAGAAUGUCAAGAUGGUGGAGGACAAUGUGCCAUAGACUUAUCGAAAGUGAAACUAGACAAGACAUCUUUGGGUAAUAUUUGUUUGUCCAUGUUUUACAACAAAACAGCAUGCAUCGGGAUGAACUUGAAGUAUCGUAGUCCUGACGGUUCUUGUAACAACUUGAAACGUUACUACUCGGGAAAAGCAACCACGGCUUAUAAACGUUUGCUGUUUAAUAACUAUAUUAACAGUUUUGAUAGAGUUAAGGAAGAGUAUUUUUCAUCUUACAGACCCAGUCCUAGAAGGCUGAGCGUUGAAUUUGUCAAAGAAGAGCACUCACCAGAUGACUUCAAAACGAUGGCAAUGGCGUACUGGACGAUUUUUGUAGGCCAUGAUCUAUCUCACACGGCAAUGUCUAGAAUGCUGAUUAGUAAUAAAUCCGUGAGCUGCUGUGCAGAAAGACGGUUGCAACUCAUGCCUGGAAGCAUAUACCACGAGUUGUGCUUGCAAGUUAUGAUACCGGAUGGAGAUCCAUUUUUCCGUAACCCUCAUCGUUGUAUGCACUACGCGCGUUCGGUGCCAGCUGUGCGUUCCGAUUGUACUUUUGGAGUCAGGGAACAAAUGAACCAAGCUACUCAUUAUUUAGAUGGGUCGAUGAUAUACGGUUCGUCGGCGAAACGGACGUGGUCGUUGAGGACCAACUUGGACGGCCAACUAUUGACAAGCAUGGGCUGCGAUAACAAGAACCAUGGCGACCAGCUACAGCCGCAGUAUAUGCCGCUGGAAGACACAGAAUCAAUCGCCUGUCAGUAUGGCAGCGGCACGUGUUAUAGAGCUGGUGACAUCCGGGCAAAUGCGCUUCCCCAAUUGACGGUCAUGCACACAUUGUGGAUGAGGGAACACAACCGGUUGGCCAAACUACUGUCCCACGUCAACCCGCACUGGGACGACGAACGUAUUUUUCAGGAGGCCAGGAAAAUCGUUACGGCAUCCAUUCAGCACAUAACUUACGCUGAGUGGCUGCCAGCGCUGCUCGGGGAAAACUACACCAGGCGGAACGGGCUUGAGCUGCCGACAAAAGGCUACAGUAACGCGUACAACGAGACCACCGACCCGAGCGUCAGCAACAGCUUUGCGACCGCAAUAUUACCAUUCGCCAAUUCCAUGUUAAGCGACACCAUCAGUUUAUAUACGGAAGGCCGAAUGAUCAACGCAAGUCUUUCACUAAAGGAACAUUACAACCGACCAACUGGUUUACUAUUAAAUUACAUGGAUCAGCUUGUCAGAGGGCUAUCUACGCAGAAUACACAAAAAAUUGAUAUGCUAUUUACUAAAACGCUUACAAAUUACUUAUACAGUGUUUAUCCAAACCACGCGUUUGGAAUGGACAUCGUCAGCUUGGAUAUACAACGAACCCGUGAUCAUGGUAUACCAAGCUAUACAGAAUUUAGAAAAUAUUGUCGACUAAAAGCUAUCAGAAGUGUACAAGAUUUAUCCAAGAUCAUGGUUGAAGGCUCAACUGAUAGACUAUUGAAGCAAUACAAACAUUGGAGAGAUAUAGAGCUAUUGGUAGGUGCAUUGUUUGAGAAACACGAAGAAGACUCAAUGGUUGGCCCAACGAUGAGAUGUAUUAUUAGAGAACAGUUUAUAAGAACUAGAAUAGCAGAUAGAUAUUUUUACGAUUUACCAAAUAUAUUCAAUGAAUAUCAACUGACAGAAAUCAGAAAAGUGACGCUUGCCAGAAUCUUUUGUGAUAACAGCAAUAAUGUCACAAUGAUGCAGAAAAAAGUAUUUUUGAUACCUGCAAUGGCUGAUUUGCAAUUCUGUAAUUCCCAAUUAAUUCCAAAAAUCAACAUCAAUCACUGGUCAGAGAUGGUCGAUACAUUUCAAAAAUAACUUUUAAUUUAAUAAUCAAUAAUCAGCGGAAGUACCUUUACUGGAUAAUUUGUUCCCUCAAGAAACUCAAGCUAUUGCAUUUAAUUUUAUUUAAAAAACAUACAUUAGGCUUAUUGUACUUUUUUUUAGUAUAGAUUGUAUAAGUUCUAGAUUAAAAAUAAUAAUCUAUAAUCAGCCUUUAAUCUAACCUUAUUUUCAUUUUACCUAUAUAAUUUAUCUUGUUUUUAAUAAAUAUUUUUAAAUUAAUUAUGAGUCUAAAAUUUGAUUUGUUACGCACUUGUAAAACGGAGACAACAAAUUUCACUGUAACGGCUAUAAAAAUAUUUUUGUCUGUCGC